AACGCAGCCUCUUCUUCACCACACUCCUCUGUUCUUCUUCUUCUAGGGUUUCAAUUUGCAACAACUUCCAAUUUUCAAUCAAAUCAAUGGAAGACGUUAGUGAAGGAAAGGACUUCUCCUUCCCAAAGCAAGAAGAACAGAUCCUGCAAUGGUGGACAACAACCAAAGCCUUCGAAACACAGCUCGAAAAAACAAAACACCUACCGGAAUACAUCUUCUACGACGGUCCUCCAUUUGCCACCGGCCUCCCGCACUACGGCCACAUCUUAGCCGGAACAAUCAAGGACAUCGUCACGCGCUACCAGACCAUGACCGGCCACCACGUCACGCGCCGAUUCGGUUGGGACUGCCACGGGUUACCGGUGGAGCAUGAGAUUGAUGUGAAGUUAGGGAUUAAGAGCAGAGAGGAUGUGUUGAAGAUGGGGAUUGAUAAGUAUAAUGAGGAGUGUAGGAGUAUUGUUACUAGAUAUGUUGGGGAAUGGGAGAAGGUUAUUACUAGGACUGGAAGGUGGAUUGAUUUUAAGAAUGAUUAUAAGACUAUGGAUUUGAGCUUUAUGGAGAGUGUUUGGUGGGUGUUUUCUCAGUUGUUUAAGAAGAAUUUGGUUUACAGAGGGUUUAAGGUGAUGCCAUACAGUACUGGCUGCAAGACUCCACUGUCCAAUUUUGAGGCUAAUUCAAACUACAAGGAAGUGCCUGAUCCUGAAAUUAUGGUGACGUUUCCGAUUGUUGAUGAUCAAGAGGGUGCUUCGUUUGUUGCAUGGACAACCACACCAUGGACACUUCCUAGUAAUCUCGCACUUUGUGUCAACGCAAGUCUUGUAUAUGUUAAGGUGAAGAGCAAAUCGAAUGGGAAAAUUUAUGUAGUUGCUGAAUCUAGAUUAUCCGAGCUUCCUGUUGAAAAGCCGAAAAAAGGGACACCUAAUGGAGCUGCAGACGAAAAGACAAAGGGCUCAAGUGGAAAAUCUAAAAAUUCUGUCGUUGCUUAUGAAGUGUUGGAUAAAUUUCCUGGAUCUUCACUCGUGGGGAAAAAGUAUGUGCCGUUAUUUGAUUACUUCAAGGAUUUCUCAGAAACAGCUUUCAGAGUUGUUGCAGAUGAUUACGUAACUUCAGAUAGUGGAUCUGGCAUCGUGCAUUGUGCACCUGCAUUUGGUGAAGACGAUUAUCGUGUUUGUAUCGAAAAUAAAAUAAUUAAUAAGGGAGAAAAUCUUGUCAUGCCAGUUGACGACGAUGGUUGCUUUACGGAAAGAAUUACUGAUUUCAGUGGUCGUUAUGUCAAAGAGGCCGAUAAAGAUAUUAUUCAAGCAGUGAAGGAGAAAGGCAGGCUGGUGAAAUCCGGAAGCUUUACUCAUUCGUAUCCGUUUUGCUGGAGAUCUGAUACUCCUCUCAUCUACAGAGCGGUUCCCAGCUGGUUUGUUGCAGUAGAGAAGCUGAAAGAUCAGUUGCUGGAGAACAAUGAGAAAACACAAUGGGUUCCUUCUUUUGUAAAGGAAAAACGGUUUCACAAUUGGCUAGAAAAUGCAAGAGACUGGGCCAUUAGUCGAAGUAGGUUUUGGGGCACUCCUCUUCCUAUUUGGAUCAGUAAGGAUGGUGUGGAUAUUGAAGUUAUCGGCUCUGUUGAAGAACUCGAAAAACGUUCAGGGCAGAAGGUAACUGACUUGCAUCGCCACAAAAUUGAUCACAUCACAAUUCCCAGCCCUCGUGGCCCAGAGUUUGGUGAGCUUCACCGUGUAGAAGAUGUUUUUGACUGCUGGUUUGAGAGUGGGUCCAUGCCAUAUGCCUAUAUCCACUACCCAUUUGAAAAUAAAGAAUACUUCAACAAUAAUUUUCCAGGACAUUUUGUUGCCGAGGGCUUAGAUCAAACUCGUGGAUGGUUUUACACUCUGAUGGUCCUUUCUACCGCAUUAUUUGAAAAGCCUGCGUUUAGAAAUCUCAUUUGCAAUGGACUUGUGUUGGCCGAGGAUGGUAAAAAAAUGAGUAAAAGAUUAAAGAAUUAUCCUUCUCCUAUGGAAGUCAUCGAUGAUUACGGUGCUGAUGCACUACGAUUGUACAUUAUCAAUUCUCCAGUAGUACGUGCGGAACCUUUACGUUUCAAAAAGGACGGAGUUUAUGGUGUCGUGAAAGAUGUAUUCUUACCAUGGUAUAACGCGUAUAGAUUUUUGGUUCAAAACGCAAAAAGACUUGAGGUCGACGGACUUGAACCGUUUGUUCCUCUUGAUCGAGCCACUAUUAUUAACUCGGCUAAUGUGCUCGACCAGUGGAUCAACUCAGCCACUCAGAGUCUGGUUCAUUUCGUUAGACAGGAAAUGGAUGCUUAUCGACUUUAUACAGUCGUUCCUUAUCUCUUGAAGUUCAUUGAUAAUUUAACCAACAUAUACGUACGGUUCAAUCGAAAAAGACUUAAAGGUCGUACCGGAGAAAAGGACUGCAGAACUGCACUUUCCACUCUAUACCAUGUGCUUUUAACUUGUUGUAAAGCAAUGGCUCCGUUCACACCGUUUUUCACCGAGGUUCUUUAUAAAAACUUGAGAAAAGUAUCCAACGGAUCAGAGGAAAGCAUUCACUUUUGCAGUUUCCCUGAAGUAGAAGGAAAAGGAGGCGAUCGUAUCGAACAAAGUGUUAACAGAAUGAUGACAAUUAUUGAUCUUGCACGUAAUAUUCGCGAGCGCCACAACAAACCUUUGAAAACUCCACUCAAGGAGAUGAUAGUUGUACAUCCAGAUGCUGACUUUUUAGAUGACAUUGGUGGCAAACUGAAAGAGUUUGUGUUAGAGGAGCUUAAUGUUAAAUCUGUUGUGCCAUGCAAUGAUCCUUUGAAGUAUGCUUCUUUACGUGCCGAACCUGAUUUUAGCGUGUUGGGUAGAAGACUGGGAAAGUCAAUGAAAGUAGUUGCAGAUGCAGUGAAGGCAAUGUCACAGGAAGACAUUUUAUCUUUUGAAAAAAUAGGAGAAAUUACUAUUGCUAAUCACGUCUUAAAGCUCUCUGAUAUCAAGAUUGUGCGUGGAUUUAAACGCCCUGAUGGCAUGACAGAAGAGCAAAUGGAUGCAGCUAGUGAUGGUGAUGUUUUGGUUAUCAUUGAUUUGCAACGUGAUGAUUCAUUGUUGGAAGCUGGAUUUGCACGUGAGGUUGUUAACCGAAUUCAAAAGCUAAGGAAAAAAUCCGCACUUGAACCCACCGAUGCAGUGGAGGUCUACUUCAAAUCGUUGGAUGAAGAUGUAUCAGUUUCCGCAGAAAUGUUAAAAUCCCAGGAAGCAUACAUCAAAGAGGCACUUGGCUCUUCUUUACUCCAGUUUAGCAUGAUUCCAAAACAUGCAGUAAUCAUUGCUGAGGAGACCUACAAGAACAUCUCAAAUUCUGACUUUCAGAUCACUUUGUCAAGAGCAGCAUUAGUAUUUAAUGAGAACGCAAUUGUUGACUUAUACGCAGGGAAUACAAAGUAUGCACAGGCAUUGCAGGUAUAUCUGUUGUCAAGAGACCACAGCAAUCUAAAGUCGGAAUUUCAGCACGGAAAUGGAAAGAUUACGGUGAGCUGCAUUGAAAACCAGCCUGCUGUUGAUGUGGUCUUGGGAAAACACGUGCACUUGACCGUUGGUGAUUAUUUCGCAAGCACAAAAGCUCUUUGAUAAUCAUCUUUAAUACAUUUAUUUUUGGUCAUACGAUUACAAGUUUGUCAGGACUAUAAAGAAAAUACAAGAAACAAUUUGUGUUGUUGCUAUACUUGUUGUUUGGUUCAGUUUUGUAAAGACGUUAUCUUAGUUGUUUUUGCAUUUUUGAUAUAAUUUGCUCAGCAAGACAAUGGACUUGUUGGAUCAGA